AUGAAACUUCCAAAACAGUUCAGUGGAGAAGUUAUUCACGGCUUUGGACGUGGAUCUACAAAGUUGGGAUUCCCAACAGCUAAUAUAGACCCAAAGUCUUGGGAUGAAAAGGUUAAUCCUAACGAAUAUGGUGUAUACUGCGGGCUUGUCAGAGUUAGACACGAUCCAAACAGAUUUUGCGUCUUUUCUAUUGGAAAGAACCCAACAUUUCAAACAGAAGAGCCAACAUUUGAGGUCCACAUAUUAGAUUUUAACGAUGAUAUAUAUGGAGAGAUUAUUACGGUUGAAGUCUUGGCAUAUAUUCGUCCAAUGAUCACAUUUAACUCAAUUGGCGAUUUAAUCAAACAAAUUACUACUGACUGUCAGACAGCAAGAGAUACUCUAUCCCAAAUGAUUAACUCGUAA